AUGGAUGAAUACUAUGUUAUUGGAAAGUCGAAACGUAAGAGAUCCGAAGGUUCCUAUUUACAUCACUUUCGUGUGGAAUUUGAGUCGGUUGAUUCAUUUGCAAAUUUUGACAAGAACAAGAUAAUGAAACUGGCCAAGUAUUAUCCAAGUGAAUUUGAUGAAAACAAGCUUCGGGAACUUGGUUUUCAACUCGAUAGCUUCAUUGUCUAUGCUCAAAAGUGUGAUAGAAAGUUUCUUAACUUGAAAGGAAUUAAAGAUCUUGCUAGAGUUAUGGUUGAGACAAAAGUUGAUCAGACUUGGACACAUGUAUAUUUACUUGUGAAGUUUACUUUGAUUAUACCUGUUGCUACCGCAAGUGUGGAAAGAGCAUUCUCAUCGAUGAAGUACAUCAAAAAUGAUCUACGCAAUAGGAUGGAUGAAGAUUUUUUAAACAAUUGUUUAGUUUGCUAUAUAAAGCGUGGAAUAUUUGAGACUGUAAGUAAUGAUGCUAUUAUUAACCGUUUUCAAAGUAUGAAAACUCGUCGAGAACAAUUGUAA